AUGACCGGGCACGCAGGGCACAUUCCCAGUGACUGUCCCCCAGUGCCCCUGUCCCCCAGUGGCCCUGUCCCCCAGUGGCCCUGUCCCCCAGUGGCCCUGACCUCCAGUGCCCCUGUCCCCCAGUGGCCCUGUCCCCCAGUGGCCCUAACCUCCAGUGACCCUGUCCCCCAGUGGCCCUGUCCCCCAGUGGCCCCAUGUCCCCAGUGGCCCUGUUCCUCCAGUGGCCCUGUCCCCCAGUUGCCCUGGUCCUGUCCCAGUGGGCCCUGUCCCCCAGUGGCCCUGUCCCCCCAGUGGCCCCUCCCUCCCGUUGGCCCUGUCCGCCCAGUGGCCCUGUUCUCCAGUGGCCCUGUCCCCAGUCUGGCCCUGUCCCCCAGUGGCCCUGACCUCCAGAUGGCCCUGUCCCCCAUGGCCCUAACCUCCAGUGACCCUGUCCCCAGUGCCCUGUCCCCAGUGGCCCUAACCUCCAGUGCCUGUCCCCCAGUGGCCCUGUCCUCCAGGUGGCGCCUGUCCCCAGUGCCCUGUCCUCCAGUGGCCCUGUCCCCAGUGGCCCUGUCCCCAGUGGCCCUGUCCCCCAGUGGCCCUGUCCCCCAGUGGCCCUGUCCCCCAGUGGCCCUGUCCCCCAGUGGCCCUGUCCUCCAGGCCCUGCCCCAGUGGCCCUGUCCUCCAGUGGCCCUGUCCCAGUGGCCCUGUCCCCCAGUGGCCCUGUCCCCAGUGGCCCUGACCUCCAGAUGGCCCUGUCCUCAAGAUGGCCCUGUCCCCAGUGGGCCCUGUCCUCCGGAUGGCCCUGACCUCCGGAUGGCCCUGUCCUCCAGUGGCCCUGUCCCCCAGUGGCCCUGUCCCCCAGUGGCCCUGACCUCCAGAUGGCCCUGUCCCCCAGUGGCCCUGUCCCCCAGUGGCCCUGUCCCCCAGUGGCCCUGUCCCCCGGAUGGCCCUGUCCCCCCGGAUGGCCCUGUCCCCCAGUGGCCUAACUCCGGAACUCUUCCAUCUUACAACUCUGGAACUCUGACCAGUCCCAACGCUCCGGUGACAGGGUACAAGCGUAUGGUCAUCCCCACCCAGCCUCCUCUGACGGCCACCAAGAAGUCGUCUCCCAAAGCCGGGGCCCCAGGCGGAACACUGCCCCGGCCCCAAGCGGAGAACUCCUCCUCAGCCUCCAUACUGGCAAGGCCCCAGUUCCAGACGGCCCCCCAGCCGGUACCAGCCUCCUACGCCACAGCCUCCACCCCCAGCCAGCCCACCUUCAACGUACAGGUGAGGUCUGCCCAGCCCGGGCCCCAGCACCAGUCCCCUGGACCCCCCCAGCAGUUUGCCCAGCAGCCCAACAGGAGCCCGGUCCAGUACAUGGCUGCCCAGCCCAGGGGCCCUGAUUUCGCCUAUGGGCCUCCCCAGCCAGGCUUCGCCCCUCAAGGGUACCCAGAGCAGGCCUACCCGGGAGCAGGAGGCUACGGGGGAGGACCAGGAGGCUACGGGGGAGGACCAGGAGGGUACGGGGGAGAACCAGGAGGCCAGCAGGGCUACCCACAACCUGUCCCUAAGAAGACCUACAUCACGGACCCUCCUGCCAGCUGGCUCCUCCUGCACACCUUCGCCCCACAGAAG